AUGAAGGUCCGACCGGCGGUUCUGCUCCUCGCAUUUUGCUGCUGCAACUAUGCUCAGCGUCUGGACUACGUGGGACCGCAUACCGGAAGCACGGAGGGAGCCACGCGUCUGACCUUGACGGGAGAAGGUUUCGCUCAAGAGGGGCAGUUCCAGCUCAAUCCCAAGGAUGACACGUUCGGGAACCGCGUGACGCUGGUGUCCGACACUUUGUCGGUCCCCUGCGACGUCGAGAGAGACUCCACGCACGGGAACCAGAUCAUGUGCUACACCAGACCCAUGCCGAGCGACCAGUACGUGGUCCGUGUCAGCGUUAACGGCGUUCCCGUUCCUGAUGCCGACAUCUGCAGAGGUCACAUCAAGUCGUACCACUGCAGCUUCUACACCAGGUGGUAUCAAACCCCCACCAUUAAGUCCUUCAGUCCUGUCAGCGGGCCCCCAGGAACGUUGGUGACGCUGCGGGGACGCAUCUUCACCGACGUCUACGGCAGCGACACCGCGCUGAGCUCCAACGGAAGGAAGGUCAGAUUUCUCAGGGCCUACCUGAAGGGGAUGCCUUGCGAGCUGCUCAAAGCGGAUUCUGAUGAACUAUACGAGCUGAGUCUGGAUUCGGAGACCUCCGACUGGGGAUUUAUGAGCUGCAAAAUGACGGGGACUUAUGUCGGACAUCACAACAUGACUUACAUUUUGGACGGCAAUUAUGGCAGGAGUUUAACGGAGAAGAACCUCCUCAGGGUCUCGGGCCAGGGUCAAAUCUGCAUGUUCCAGACAUUUGCCGAGGUUCUGAGCGUCACGCCCUCCGACGGCAGCGUCAUGGGCGGCACCCUCCUGACCAUCCGCGGGCGCUUCUUCGACGAGACCGACCGUUCGGCUCGGGUCCUCGCGGGAGGGUUGCCGUGUGAGAUCAAGAGUUUGAGCGACAAUGAGAUCACGUGCAUGACGCAGAGGCGCCCGACGGACGACCGCCAAACCAACACGACAAUAUACCCAGGUGGCCGUGGGCUGAAGAUGCAGGUCUGGAACAAUACGCGACCUUCACAACUGGCUGACAUCCGCAGCUACAACGAGAGCAAGGAGGGCUACUGGGAGCAGUGGAUCGACUCCAUGCCCCACACCUUCGCACUGGAAUUGGACUCUAUCAGCUCGAGAACCACAGGGUUCUUUGUGCCCCCAGCCAGCGGCAACUACACCUUCUACCUCAACUGUGACGAUCGCUGCGAGUUGUACUUCAGCAAUUUCGGCACCCCACAGGACAAGGUUAAAGUGGCUUACCAGCCAAGCUACGUCUCGGACUACACAAAACUGGCAUCCCAAAAGUCUGAAGUCAUGUCGCUAGAGAAAGGAAACGCCUACUAUCUUGAAAUUCUGCAUCAAGAAUAUGGCGGAGCAGCCGGAAUCAAUCUGGCAGCGUUCCGACCGGAGAGCCCGUUUACGGAACAGCAGACCAAUGAUGCUGUCAACGAGGUCCAGCAUAUUGUGGUGGAGUACGAGGUGUUUGAUGAGAAGCAGGUGCUUAGCUUGGAGUCUUGGCCCAGCAGUGCUGAUGGAGUCAAAGAAGUUCAGAAGGUUACAGUCAGUAGCAGUUGUGUCGGCCUUCAGUGUGGAAGUACCUACUUCACCCUGGGAUACGAAAAGUCCAUCACUGGUUUGAUCGCAGUGAGCGCCACCGCCGAUGUGGUAGAGAGAGCCCUGAACGGCCUGUGGUCCAUCAGACCCGACUCAGUCCAAGUUAGUAGGGACGAGGAUGCGGACGCUGUUCACUUCACGGUCACGUUCAUUUCGGACAGAGGUGACUUCAAGCCACUCUACUAUGACAGUCUUGGCUUAUACACCAACAUUACCAUUUCCGAGGUGACCAAAGGCAGGAGCAACAUGGCGACCUUCACUUUACUCUGGGGAGGCAUCGCCACAAAACCCAUCUCAUACAACGCCAGUGACUUAGAGGUGCAGUUGGGUUUGGAGGACCUGAUGAAGGCCGAGUGUCCCGUUGAGAUUCUGACCGCAGAAGGAACAGAUGUGAUGUUCUUCAAGGACUAUGAAGAUGACAACUCCGUGUUUGGCAAUGACAGAGGGAUCCCGGUGAGAAACGCCUUCUGUGGCUUGUGGUCCCUCGAGAAUGCAAAAGUUCUUUUCAAGAAAAGUUACACCAAAGAGUCCGGUGAAGCUUAUGGGGAAAUCUCCCUAAAACUGUAUCCGAUGCUCUGCUUUGCACACAAGGGAAUGCUGAAAGAUGAGAUUAGGGUAAAGUUUGCGUAUCAGGACAUUGAGGGCAAAACUCAGAGAGAGACUGCAAAUAUUAACACCAUCUUUACCAAAGGCCACACAUGGAGUUACAAGUGUGUGGACCUGCAGACGUCUUUGGAGACAGACUACAUAGGAAGCGACUACACUGUUGAGGAAAUUUACUUGGACACAGAUGACUCCGGGGAAGAUUUCUACGUGGAUGCUGUUCACAUCGGCAAAAAGCGCACCACUCCGGAAGAACAAAGGGUUCCCCACAACAGGAGGCCACCGCCGUUCGAGAUCUCUGGUCAUGCGUUCCAGGAGAUCUCUGUCGUGAAAGAGACAAAGUCAAAUGGUUCACAGAUCUGCUACGAGAUUUCAGCAAUACCGUUGGACUGCGCCUUUGGCUUUCCCAUCAUAGACGUUGGCUUCCUGCAGAUGUCGAACAGCAGUGAGGAUAUGAAAGAGUUUCGGGAAGGGGCGGCGAGCAUCACUGUCACUCGCUACCACAGAGCGACCCCGCCCGUGAAUGGCACCUUCGAAGUGGAGAUGCAUGGACAGCGUAUUGAAGGUCUAUCGGUGAACAUCAGCGCGAAAGACCUGACCUACGCCCUGGAGGGAAUUGCCGGUAUGGGCGCGGUGGAUGUCAAAUACGCUGGAACGUGCAGGAGGCCCAAGUGGGUGGUCGAGUGGCUGACGCAGCCUGGAGACCAGCCUCUGCUCCAGGUUACCGGUUCUUCACUGGAGGGCAAAGACGUGGUUAUCUGGGCCAAGGAAAAAAAGAAAGGAGGACUGAUGUUACGGAGUUUGAUGGGAGACUACUUUCGUGUUUGGGAAAUGAAACCGCAGGUGGAGGUUUACAUCAAUGGCAUUCCCUCAAAGUGUUCUGGAGACUGCGGUUUUCAAUGGUCGGAGGACAAAACGCCAACAGUGAGCGCAAUCAGCCCAUCUCGAGGAUCCAUUGGACUGGGGAGCCUUUUGACAAUCAGUGGCACUGGCUUCAGCAACGAAAACGCCUCCGUCGUGGUAGGAGAAGCCCAGUGUGUGGUUCAACAAGUCUCAGCUGAACGAUUGGUGUGCCAACUGGGUAGCGCCGGGGCGGGUACUUACCCCGUGUGGAUCAACUUCCUCUCCUUGGGUCGCCCUCGGUUUGGAGGCGGAAGCGUCCUUAACUUCACCUAUCUGCUCAUUGUCUCCUCUUUUAACCCCACGUCUGGGAGCGCUGCAGGGGGAACUCUUUUGACCGUAGAGGGCUUUGGCUUCAGCUGGGAUGCAAGCGUUACCGUCGGUGGCGCAGAGUGCGAGGUGGUCCACGCGAGUCCCACAGAGCUCAAAUGCAGAACGCCAGCGGGGAGCGCAGGGGAGCAGACGGUCACGGUGAGCGUGGGCGGCUUCAGCGAGGUGGCAAACGACACCUUCAACUUUGACCUCGGCCUGACACCUCAGAUCACCGAACUGAGACCCACGAAGACCACCGUCUUCGGACGUCGUGUCCUGACGGUAUUGGGGUCAAACCUGGGCGAUCCAGCCAAUGACAGCGCAGCGUACGUGGGCGGGAUGGAGUGCGUGAUCGAGCGGUGGACGGACGCAAACGUCACCUGCGUGCUGCCCGUGUUGCCACCCGGACUGCACGACGUGAAGGUCCGGGUUGGGAGCAAGGGUUACCCCCAGGCCAGCAAUGGUGUGAACGCCACCAUCGAGUACGUCCUGGAAGUCCACAGCAUCUCCCCUACGAGGGGUUCUCUGAUGGGGGGGACGCAGCUGACCAUUUCAGGAAACGGUUUCAGCCAAAAUAUCUCAGACAACAAAGUCUAUUUUGGAGACUCCGAAUGCGAGGUGCGGGUGGCCUCGGAUACCGAACUGCGCUGCGUUGUGCAGUCGCAGGAGGAGACCCACAUUGUUACCAACCAGGGGGUCCACCCCGUUCACGGCAAGGGCUUCUCUUGGGAUCCCCCUUCCAUCACCGUGGGAGUCGGCGAUCAAGUGUUGUGGAGGUGGGAGGUACCGAUUUUCCAGAGUACUUUCCGCGUCGGCGUCUACCACGUUCCCAGUCCUGGCGGGACCAACGACGGAGACGACGUGCUGUUCUCCAGCGGAGAGCCAAAGUCUGGGAAUGGCUACUUCAGCUACCGUUUCCCCAUUCCUGGAUUGUAUUACUACACCAGCGGUUACAUCGACGAGAACAAAAAGUUGGAGCUACGGGGUGUCGUGAGAGUGGUGCCCCGCGUCAACAGCACCAAUAAUGUCACCGUCAGAGUCAGGGGUGUGAACGCUCUCCACAUGACAGACGAGUUGCAUCGUUUCCCCAGGUCGACCCACGAGUGCGUCGCCACGGCAGACUGCCCUCACACAAACGUGUCGUCUGACGGUCUUUCCUUCAGCACAUCCGCCUGCUUCACCCCCGUUAUCCACUCCAUUUGGCCCAACCAGGGUUCGUACCGCCGGGUCAUCCGCAUCAAGGGGGAGGGCCUCAGCAAUGUGACCUGCACCUUGGAGGUGACGGUGGGAGAAGAGACCUGCCAGGUGAUCAACAGCACCCGGUCGGAGAUCUUCUGCCAGCUGAGUGCCAACAACAGUCUGCCAAUCGGCAUCGCUCUGCCCAUAGACGUUCGAGUCAAUAACUUGGGUAGCGCGGUCAUCGCCGUGGCAAAGGAGCAGGAGCGGCGCUUUGUCGUUUUGCCCAUUAUCGACUCGGUGUGGCCCUCUGAGGGCAGCUCCACUGGCCACACCCGCCUCUCCAUCCACGGAUCUGGUUUCUCAGAGGGAGACGUGACCGUAGCCGGCGAACCGUGUUCUCUGGUAUCAGUGAAUUACACCCAGGUUAUCUGUGACACUGCCCCUUCCCAGCCACAUGCCGGCGAUGUCGUCUUCCAAUGGGGAGGGAUUCAGAGUUCCUGUUCCUCGGACUGCUCCUUCCUGUACUCGUCUUCAGUCAGGCCAAACGUCACCGCCGUAUCUCCCAAAAGCAUCAGCGAUGUUGUCAACAUCACCAUCUCUGGUGGAGGGUUUGGCGCCGACCUUAAAGAUGUGGCGGUUUUUGCUGGAGGCAUCGAGUUGCAAGUCAUUGCUGUUGUUGACAACGCUAUCACGGCAACGAUUGAAGCUCUCCCGGCAGGAGAGCAUGCCAUUCAAGUGAUUGUGAGAAGUAAAGGCUUGGCAUUCAGUGAUGUCACCCUGACCAGCCAGGCUCAGGCUACCCUCAUCCCGAAUGCAGGCAGCUUGGAGGGGGGCACUAGGCUCCAGUUCACCGGUAAUGGCUUUCUCGCUGGGAACACCAGCGUCACGGUGGACGACAAACAAUGCGAGAUUGACGAGGUGACACCGGGUCACCUGAGGUGCCGGACGCCUCCUCACACUGAGGGACUGGUCUUUGUCAACAUCCAAGUCCUCGGCGUGGAGUAUCCUCCUCUCAACUUUACCUAUUCUGCAGUCGAGACUCCUAUACUCAGCUCCAUAAGUCCUGCCACUGGUCCGAGCGACUCAGUAGUCACGUUGACUGGGUCGGGUUUCGGCACAGACGAGGAGCAGGUGACUGUCACAGUGAACAAUGUGACUUGCAAAGUACUCACACUCAUGGACAGCCGAGUGGAGUGCACAAUGGGGUACAACCCAGGGGGCGAGUACUUGGUCAUGCUGUAUCACCACAUCAAAGGUUACUCUCGGUCAAACGUCACGUUCACUUACGAGUUAACGCUUGGCAGCGUGCAGCCCAGCGAGGGCAGUUUUGGUGGUGGCACCAAGCUAACCAUCCAGGGUUCAGGCUUUGACCCGCUCAACUCCAAGGUGCUGAUCUGCGACGACGAAUGCGCUGUUGACAGAGAUGCAUCAACGUCCACGAACCUCUUCUGCUUAUCCCCUACCAACAAUGGUUCCGGUUCAGAGGCCAGCUGCAUGGUGGAAAUAACUAACACGCUGGAUUCCGUCAACAUGUCAAGCGCCUUCACGUACAAGACUCAGCUCACGCCUGUGAUCACGGAGGUGUCGCCGCGGAGGGGGGGCACCGCCGGAGGCACAAUGCUCACAGUCAGCGGCACGGGUUUCAGCACCGACUUGAACGAGGUGAACGUGACCAUCGCAGGCUCUGCGUGCGACGUCCAGUUGGCCAACGACACGCACAUCGUGUGCCUCACCGGCGCUGUGCCUCAGUCUCAGGAGACCGCGGUGCGAGUCGGCAUCAGAGGCCAAGGCAUCGCCAAGAUGGACAACGCGUAUUACUUCUACGUCGAUGUGUGGUCAUCCAAAUACACGUGGGGAGGGCUGCCUCCGCCAGAGAAGGGCUCGUUGGUGGUCAUCAACCAAGGACAGACCGUCCUCUUGGACACCAGCACCCCCGUGCUCAAAAUGCUUCUAAUUCAAGGCGGCGUGCUGGUGUUCGACGAAGCAGAUAUUGAGCUGCAGGCUGAAAACAUCCUCAUCACUGACGGGGGGCGGCUCCAGGUGGGCCGGGAAGACGCUCCGUUCCGGCACAAGGCCAUCAUCACGCUGCAUGGACACCCGCGAUCGCCUGAACUUCCAGUGUACGGCGCCAAGACGCUGGCCGUCAGAGAGGGCAUCCUGGACCUGCAUGGUAAACAUGUUCCAGUCGUCUGGACCCACCUGGCCCAGACGGCGGAGGGAAACUCCUCCACGCUGAGCCUGAUGAAGGCGGUGACGUGGGAAGUGGGAGACGAGAUCGUCAUUGCCUCAACUGGCCACAAGCACAGUCAGAGAGAAAACGAAGUGAAGAUCGUUGAGAGCGUAUCGGCCGACGGCAAGACCGUCACCCUCACUGAGCCCCUUCAGUACCGCCACCUCGGGGUGAGCGUCACUCUGCCGAACGGCAAGGCUUUCGAGGCCCGGGCUGAGGUGGGUCUGCUGACCCGGAACGUGGUGGUGAGAGGCUCCCAAAACAUUGAGUGGCAAGAGAAAGUCGAGGCCUGCCCAGCUGGUUUCAACACGGGAGAAUUCAGCACCCAAACGUGCCUCCAAGGAAAGUUUGGCGAGGAGAUGGGCAGCGAUGAGUUUGGCGUCGGCAUCAUGUUUCACGCCCCCCGACCGAAUGAGCAACUCGCCAUUGGCAGGUUGGCCUACGUCGAGAUCUACCACGCCGGACAGGCCUUCAGGCUGGGUCGCUACCCCAUCCACUGGCAUUUGAUGGGAAACCUUGAGUACAAGUCGUUUGUCCGCGGUUGCUCCAUUCACAAGACGUUCAACAGGGCCGUGACGAUCCACAACACCCACCGGCUCCUGGUGGAGCACAACAUCAUCUUUGACAUCAUGGGGGGCGCCUUCUUCAUCGAGGACGGCAUCGAAACUGAGAACAUCCUACAGUACAACCUGGCUGUAUUUGUCAGGCAGAGCAGCAGCCUGCUGAACGACGAUAUCACCCCCGCUGCCUACUGGGUCACCAAUCCCAACAACAUUAUCCGACACAACGCCGCGGCAGGGGGAACCCACUUUGGGUUCUGGUACCGUAUGCACGAGCACCCCGACGGUCCCUCCUACGACCCCAACACGUGCCAGAAGAAAGUUCCUCUCGGGGAGUUCCGCAACAACACUGUGCACUCUCAGGGCUGGUUUGGCCUCUGGAUCUUCCAGGACUUUUUCCCCAUGAAGGGUGGCAGAUGCAACUCCAAUACACCAGAGCCCGCGGUCUUCCACAGCCUCACCACGUGGAACUGCGAGAAAGGUGCCGAGUGGGUCAACGUGGGUGCGGUGCAGUUUGUGGAAUUCCUCAUGGUGAACAACGAGAAAGCAGGGGCCGAAGGCAAAAUAAUCGUUCCGCGGGCGGUGAGCGGCUUCGGAGAGGACGGCGGGGCGGGGCUGUUCAACUCCACCGUCGUGGGCCACGUGGACGAGCUGGGACUGGGCGCCGACUACUGCACGCAUCGAGGAAUCAUCACGCCGUUUGCCGACGGCAUGAGUGUCAUCGGCACCAAAUUCUUCAACUUUGACCGAGACUCGUGCGCAGCCAUCGGGGUGACUACGAUCGUCGGAACGUGCGGAGAUCGCUGCGGUGGCUGGGCCGUCCGUUUUAGUGCACUCCAGUUCAUGAACUCGCCCAACAAGGCCGCUUUCAGGUGGGAGCACGAGGUCCAGCUGGUGGACAUGGACGGCACCCUCACAGGAAAUAUCAACCACAAAGUCGUUCCGAUGAGCCGCCUGCUUGACCCGGCACGCUGCUCCGAAAACCCAGAGUUUAGCUUGGUGUUCCCUGGAGCCGUGUGCGACCACAAUGUCAAUUUCCAUCGCGUGGGCCUCAACAAUCCCACGCCGUCUUCGCUACGGUCCAAGGAUCUCAUAAUCACCAACUCACAUGGCAACACUGUGGUCCCCUAUUUGAAGAAGAGAUUGACCCAUAAAUUUGGCUGGAUGGCCAUGCUGCCUUCAGGAUCCACGUACAAAAUGCACUUUGACAAAGCCGAACAACUCACCAACAUCAGCUACGGCGCGACUUUCUAUGGCUUUGAGUCUGAUCAGUUCGUGAUCAUCCACCAUAACUUCACCCAGAAUCCAAAUAUGGUCCGAAUUCUGGACGAGCGGAACGGCUCGUCGUCGCCACUCACCUUUAGUUCCAACCAAAACGGCGACUGGUACCUCGACAACAAGGACCUCUACUACAUGGUGUCAGGGAAGAGCAGCCAGCGCAAGCGCCGCAGCAGCGUGGAUGGUUCUGCGGUGGACGUAUCGGUGGAUUUCAAAGUGUACCGCUGCUUCUUCGACAACUGCAUCCCGCCGCCGCCUGCCACCGUUGCGCCUCUGCCCACCGACCGGCCUGACGACUUCGUUCUGUGGUCCAACGCGUCGUUCUGGGAGGCCUCGGCUGAAAAUGACUUCAGUGUGCCAACAGAGGGCGCUGAUGUGCUCAUUCCACCAGGAAUGUGGGUGGUCUUGGACACCAACACCCCUCCUAUGAACAAAUUGACAAUCAUGGGAGUUUUGGAAGUCUCCGAACAGUCUCAGGGCUCGUCCAGCCAUCCGGCUCGUGCCACGUCGCAGAACCACACCGUUGUCAUCGACGCGAUCUACAUCUCCAUCCAGGGAGGAAGGUUGCUGGCGGGCAGCGAGGAUCAACCGUUCAACGGGGAGCUGCACAUCAGACUUCGGGGAAACCACAGCACCCCUGACUGGCCUCUGCCGAAUGGGCCCAACCAGGGAUCCAAGGUCCUGGGUGUGUUUGGCAUCCUGGAGCUCUACGGACAACAGCACAGCGUUUAUCACACAAAGCUCGCCACCACGGCCAACUCCGGCUCCAGUGCUCUCAUCCUGGUGGAGCCGGUCGACUGGAAGGCCGGAGAUGAGGUAGUCAUCUCCACCACCAGCUACAGCGUCUGGGAGACAGAGAAACGGAAGAUCGCCGUGGUGUCCGCCGACGGCCGCGUCCUUACCUUGAGCGAACCUCUGAACCACACUCACAUUGGUGAGAAACACUCCAUCGAGGAAACGUCACUUUCCUACACGCUGGCGGCGGACGUCGGCCUGCUGACCAGAAACAUCAAGAUCGUCGGCCAGGAAUACGCCAACAUGAUGGCCGAGUCGUUCGGCGCCCGAAUGCUGGUUGGCACCUUCUCCUCGGGAGGACUCAACUUCAGAGGCAAAGCUCAACUGCGGAACGUAGAAUUCUACCACUCCGGUCAGGAAGGCUGGACCGAUGAGUACGACCCCCGAUACUCUGUGUCCUUUCUCGGCCUGGAAAGGGCCAACGACUCGUCUAUUCAGGGGUGUUCCUUCCACAGCGGUUUCUCGCCAGCCAUCGGCGUGUUCGGAACAGACGACUUGGCCAUCGACGACAACGUCAUUCAUCACACUGUGGGCGACGGAAUCAGAGUUUGGGGCAAGAGGAUCAUGCUGAGGAGGAACCUGGUUACCAUGACUCUGUGGCCGGGAUCAUACCAAGACAGGGAGGAGGAAUUCAACUAUGACUGGACUGCUGCCAUUAAGGUGAACGAGGGGGAGGACGCGGUGAUGCUGCACAACAUCGCGGCGGGCUACGAGCGGGUCGCCUACCGCGUCGAUGGCGAGCCGUGUUCCGGCUCCUCUCACGAGAACGAGGCGUGGGCUGACAACGAGGCUCACGGCGGCCUCCACGGCGUCUACAUGAACGGCGACGGGCUGCCCGGCUGCUCCCUGAUCCGUCGCUUCUUCGUCUGGAGGAACUUUGACUACGGGAUCUACUUCCAGACCCACAUGAGCGUCAGAGUGGCCAACGUAACCUUGGUGGACAACGGCAUGGGCAUCAUGCCCAUGAUCUAUGCCCCGCCCUCUCUGUCCCACCAGUACGCCGAUAAAAAGAUCCGCGUGGAGAAUGCCGUGCUAGUCGGCCGAAGCCCCCACCUGAACUGCUCCGACACUCUCGACGCCGGCGACUUUAACAUAUUCAGUAGCCGGCUGCAUCGGGCCCCCAGACCCGUCAACGGCGGCAGAUCGGGAAUCUGCUGGCCGUCUUUUGCGUCGGCUCACAACGCGGCUCCGAUCAAGCCCCAUCACGGCAACAUCAACUACAACGCCAUCCGAGGCCUGAUGGAAGUCGCCGAUUCCACGUUCGCGGGCUUCCGAAAGGGGUGCCCGGGCGAGACCGACGUGAUGUUCAUGAGCAACCCCCGCAACGAGGACUUGCAGCACCCCGUCCACGUUUGGGGCCUGACCGUCGUCGACGGCGCCAGAGACGCUCGAGUGUUCAUACACAGGCCCGACAUUGGCAAGGUGAACCCGUCCGACUGCGUGGACUUGGACUGCGACGCCAAGAAGAAGAGUUUGCUGCGCGACCUGGACGGUUCCUUCCUGUCGGCGGCGGGCAGCGUGGUGCCGCAGUCGGAGUUCGAGUGGGACGGGGACCCCCGGAGGGGGCUGGGCGACCACCGCAUCCCCAAGGUCAUGCUCACCUACCCCAACGGCUCGCGCAUCCCCGUCGAACGCAUCGCCCCCAACAAAGGAGUUAUCCGAGAGAACUGCACCUACGUGAGCGCAUGGCAGGCGUACGAAUGCUCCGCGCUCAGCUACAGGAUGCUCGUCAUCGAAAGUCUGGACGCCGACACGGAGACCCGACGUCUGAGUCCGGUGGCGGUGCUUAGCGGCGGCCACGUCGACCUCAUCAACGGCCCGCAGGACCACGGCUGGUGUUCGGGUUACACGUGCCGCAAGAGGGUCUCCCUGUUCCACGCCAUCGUAGCCGCGGGCCGCCCCGCCGACGUCUUCUUCACCGGCGUCAGCCCUCAAAAGCUGCGCCUCAUGAUGCUCAACGCUGAGCGGGCCGAGACCGCGCUGGUAUCCGUCUUCUACUCCAAGCCGCAGCAGAUGGACGUCUAUGCGGGCGACCAGCUGGUGGCGCCCACCAACGCCCGGUGGAACCACGACAAGACCGACUACACCCUGAAGGAGCCCACCUACGAAGGUGAAUACGUCCCGGAGCUCAACGGCUCCACCCUGGGCGCCAACUUCUUUGACCGGAACUCCAAGAUGUUGAAGGUCCUGCUGAGGGGAUCAGAACCGGUGGAAAUCCGCAUGUCCCCCAAGCUCGUCAUCUCCUUCAACCUGCCCGCCAUGACCGAAGACCAGUUCUUCGGCGACGACCUGGUCCGCAACCUGGCCGCCUUCUUCAACGUCCCUUCCGAGAUGAUCCGGGUCGCCAAGAUCAUCCGGGAGGACUCGAGUCGGAGGAAGAGGUCCACAGGCCUGACGGUGGAGGUUGAAAUCAAGAAGCCGCCGGUCCAGCAGGUCUCCAACGGCACCGACGAGGAGGAGGACUUCCAGUUAUUGGAGAAGAUCGCUGACAGUUUGGGACAGGCGGCCAUCUCGGGCAACCUCAGUCGCUCCAUCGGCUUCAACGUCACGUCGGUGGGCGUGCUCCCCCCACCGCCUCCGUCCUCGGACCCCCGCUGGAACCAGGAGGCCACCGCGGAGGUGACGAGAGAAGAACCCGAGAUGAGCCGCGUGGCCGGCGUGGAGCGGCUGCUCCUGGUCCGGGAGCCCGUCCCGGGUCCGUACGUGGGACCGCUCGUGCGGCAGCCCAGCCUCAAGGCCGUGGACCGGCAGGGGGACUGCGUCUCGGUGGGCGUGACCACCAUGACGGCGACGGCCACCCUGAAGGAUUCGGCGGGCGCCGUCGCCGCCGGUCUGGAGGGCGACGUCACCGUCUCGUUCCGCUCCUGCUGGGCCAACUUCAGCGACCUGUCCGUGGUCGCCGCCGCCGAGGACCUGACCAUGGUCUUUGCCCUGGACGAGUGGACCGCCAGCUCGCGGGAAUUCAGCGUGCGGGAGGCCCCCACGCCCGCGGCCGUCGGCGACGUCACCCGGGCCACCCCGCCCGACGACAGCGUCUUCGGGGCGGGCGCCGCCGUCGCGCCCGGCAGUCUGUGCCUGGCGGGCGUCAUCUACACGCUCGCCUGCUGCACUGACGUUCUCCUAAGCUAGGGGGCGCUCUCCGGCCGACCCACCCACUGCUCAUAGCUGGGAUUGAUUUUCUCAAAAUGUCCUCUUCUUCUCUCUUGCUUGUGCAUUUGGCGACUUUUAAUAAAGUCUGCGAUGUUUGACAUUUGUUCUUUCUGGGUGGAAAAGAUCCCACCGCUGUCACACGCACACACAAAAUAUGAGCAUUAAUAGCGCACACAAACGCACGCUUAACACUUGGAUCCGACGCAACAAAGGAACGUCGGGGGUCCGGGAAAGGGUUCGUCUGCUGCCCCGCAGCCACUGACCGUGCGCGCAUGCGUCCCUUGAAAUAUGUCAUUAUCCAAGCCGCUUAUCCUCACAAGAGUCGCGGGAAAGCUGGAGCCCACCCGAGCUAGCUUCGGGCAAAAUGCAAACCACACCCCGAACUGGUCACAGGGCCAGUAUCAACACCGUCACUGAGCGGGAAUCGAUCCCACGCUGCCCGCACCGAAGGCAGGCGUGUGUGCCACUACGCCAUCAUACCUUGAAAUGAUUUUAAUUCAUUCAAAAUUAUUGUGAUCAUAGGGGAAAAAAAAAAAAAAAAAACACUGUACCGAACGUCCGCU